AUGUAGAUCAUAUCAAAUUUAUAUUUUUGCAAUAAAUUCAAAUUGAAAUUUGAAAAAUAAUUUGUUAGAAUUAAAUCACCUGAUAAUUUUAAAAAAUAAUAAAGUAAAUAAAUAGGUUAGUAAGUAAAAUAGGUAUUAUAUUAAUUAUCAGAAAAUUAAACAGACACACAAACAGACAGAAAGACGCUGAUGCUGAUGAUGAUAAUGAUUAAUAUGUUUAUCAAAAUUUGA